GAGAGAUCUGCGGCGGCUGCGCCUCCGAUCAGCCCGCCUCCACAUGGCUCUCUGGCUUCAUUGUGAAUUUCCCAUCUCUGCUUUUCGCACAACAUGAUGGCACUCUCUGGCUUGGUUUCAACUUGGCAGAUCGUUUGACACGUUGAAGGUUUUUAUUUAUUUAUUUUUUAUGUUAAGUUUUCUUUUAGAGCGAUUGAAGCUGAAAAGAAUCAGGGAUCAACAACUUGUUAAAAGGUGCACACUCCAGCGGACACUUGAAGGAAGUUUGAGCACAAGAUCGAGGACUCUAGAGGUGAAACGCGUCCUCGAAGAGUGCAGUCUUAGCUGGUGAUCCAAGACGCAGACCGACGCUGCAACCCGUCCUCGCUGAAGGAGACGACGGAGGCAGUCAUGCUGGGCGGUGAGGGGGAAGGCAGCGCGUACUCAUCCGCGAAAGGCGCAGAGGACGAGAAGCGCGCCUCUCCGGCCGUGGAUGGAGAGGAGCCGGCGGGCAACAGGUAUCCGGAACACGGCGCGUCCUCUGAUCGCUUCUAUAUUCAACCCACAAUUUCCAAGCAGAGCCCAGAAGCAGCGAACCCUUGCUCCUUUAUCCCCUACACCCCCAGCGGGGCCGUGUACCCCGCGCACGGCGCGGCCAGGUACCCUUCGUCUCUCCACCUGGGCUCCGUGUUGCCACCGGCGGGGUACUCCCCCUCAGCCGCCGGGCGUAGCCACUUCAGCGCCUCCUACCAGCACGGCCAGAACCUGGGCUGCCUUUACAGCCCUUACACCGCGUCGGGUUCCGCUCUGGGCAACGUAUCCCUGCCGGGCCCCGGGCCCGGGAUGAGGGCCCAGGUCUACCUCUGCAAUCGGCCGCUGUGGCUCAAGUUCCACCGGCACCAGACCGAGAUGAUCAUCACCAAGCAGGGCAGGCGGAUGUUCCCCUUUCUUAGUUUUAACAUCGCUGGGCUGAACGUGUCGGCGCAUUAUAACGUGUUUGUGGAGGUGGUGCUGGCCGACCCAAACCACUGGAGGUUCCAGGGAGGCAAGUGGGUCACCUGUGGAAAGGCGGACAACAACAACCAAGGAAACAAAGUAUACAUCCACCCCGAGUCGCCUAACACCGGGGCCCACUGGAUGAGACAAGAGAUCUCCUUCAGCAAGCUCAAACUGACCAACAACAAGGGCACCAGCCACAGCGCAUCGCAGAUGGUCGUUCUACAAUCGCUCCACAAGUACCAGCCCCGGCUGCACAUCGUGGAGGUGAUGGAGGACGGAGUGGAGGACGUCAGCAGCGACGUAAAGACCCAGUGUUUCACUUUUCCGGAGACCCAGUUCAUAGCAGUCACUGCCUACCAGAACACUGACAUCACCCAGUUGAAAAUCGACCACAACCCUUUUGCCAAAGGUUUCAGAGACAACUAUGAUUCCAUGUACACGGGCCCAGACAACGACCGCCUCACCCCGUCCCCGACCGACUCCCCCCGGGCGCACCAGAUUGUGCCCGGCACCCGCUACACCAUGCAGCCCCUCUUCCAGGACCAGUUCGUCAACAACCUCCCCCAGAACCGCUUCUACAACUGCGAGAGAGCCGUGCCGCAAACCGGCAGCCUCCUCUCGCCUCAGACGGAGGACGGGGCGUCGCAGAGGUGGUUUGUCACCUCCGUGCACCAGGGGGGGAACGGCAGCGCCUCCGGCAGCAAGCUCGACCUGACGCCGUACGAGGGGGAGUACUCGGGCUCCUUGCUCCCUUACGGCAUCAAGUCGCUGUCCAUGCAGACCAGCCAUGCUCUCGGCUACUACCCGGACUCUCCUUUCACCACCAUGUCGGCGGGCUGGGGUUCCAGAGCAGCCUACCAAAGAAAAGUCCCUCCCAGUCUGCCGUGGUCGCCCCGGCCCAGCCCUACUGCUGGUUUCCCAGAAGAGUCUGUAAAGGUUAAACCACAGAUACAAGACGAGGUGAGCGGUGGCGACGCUCUGAUCAGCUCCUGGACAGAGACUCAGACGUCUGGCCUCUCCCCGAGCAAGGCCGACACCUUUUCCAUUGCCUGCAAGCGAAGGCGUUUGUCUCUUAACGGCCCGAGCGCCGAAGACUCGCCUGCAAACAGCAAGUGUGAAGAGCUGGCCGCUGCUACCCUCAGCAGCCCCUACGGUAAAGAGCCCCCGCCAACAAAGAGCAUGCCUUACUAUCCCUUUUACACAAACCCCUGACUUCCUGUUCCCCUUCUCGUCGAACUUUUUAAAACCUGGGGCCUCACUUUGUUUGCUGGUCUUCUGCCGCGGUGGUUCAGAGAUAACAUGUUGCCUUUCUUGUUUACCUGGUUUUGGCUGUGAUAAAGAUCUCAUUUCCCUUGUUGUUUUAGUGAGAUCGUCAACCACCACGUGUACGAUGAGUGGCCAGAAUACACGAAUAAGCUUUACUGUCCCCUAAAUGUGGGCUCACCCGGUCUAUUUUCAUGCCCUGAAUUAUUUCUGGACUGAACCUUUUCAAAUGCAAAAGCAAUGUUUGUGUAUUUGGGAUUAAGCGCUAAACGGUGCGAUCAAUGUGACCAUUUUCUUUUUCCAAAAAAAAAAAAAAAAAAAAAGAAGCUAUUUUGUUGCAUGCAUCACUGCAUCUACCUUUGUGGGUCAGAUUAUUUAUUGAGGGUCUGUUUAUAUUGAAAUGUGUGCACUGCUAAAUUGUGAGAAUAUUAUGCUAUAUAUUGCUUCAAAGUUCAGAUAUUUGAUAAUAAAAGGCAUAUGUGUUCUAUUGUGCAUUAAAACGUGUUUAUAGGACAGUUUUUUUUUUUUUGUGAAAUCCAGGGUUAAUGUACAUUAAGUAAUCCAGGGUUAAUUUGCAUUUUUAUUGACGCAUGGAUGAAGCUGUUUAAUUUUAAAGAGUUAUAUGACGCUUAUGAUGCAUUGCCAUUGGUCAACUCCGUAACAAGAAAACGGGGCUUUCUGUGGACUUUGUCGCACUCUCGUGGUGGUAUUUUGUUAUUGCAGGAGGAGUUGUAUUAAAUUCCCUAAGUUAAA